AUGCUCGUCCUCGCCGCAUCUUGCAACGUCAUGACACAUCUAUCGGCAGCAGAUGAUGCCUGGUGCUCGCUGUCCCCACUGCGCGGGGCGAAGCUCCGACGUCGCUGCUCCAGCCGCCAUGAGGUCCCAGCUCCCAUCUUUCUCCCGCCACUGACUGCCGAGCCGUCUGCACCGGCCCCGCCACAACCAGGCACGCUCCCAUGUUUUCCUCUUCCACUGCACCGCGCGGCCCUACCGGGCUCACGCCGGAUGCUGAAUGUUAUGGAGCGGCGUUACACGUCAAUGUACGAAGAUCUUCUCACCACCGGCCAACGGCGCUUCGUUGUGCCCCGGCUCCUCCAGACAUCUCAAGGAGCGUGUCUGGCAGAAGCAGCCGUGGUCUUCGUGAUUACGGACCUGCUGGAGGCUCCCAGCAAUUCCCGAUUCCGCUACACUGUGCAGCACUCUGUCCAGAAGCCUGUGCGAAUCACAAGGGUGCUCAAUCCCGGAGCCUUCGCAAAGAAGAACACGUACCUGCGCGUUGAAUAUGCAAAGAUUCGCGACCACGAUGCAGAGAGGGACUACUGGCAAGAGGAGCGCGCCCUUUUCCGGGAGUUGCACGAAGUUGCAGCUCUUCGCGAGUCUGCUGGAGAUCCUCUGCGGCGUUGGGAGUACAUGAGCGACAGGUCUGGCCUGUCUCGUUUAGUCGACCACGGCUCUGGACCUGCCCUCUCCGAGGACUCGCUGAACGCUGCCGGCGCCUCCCGGGAGGACUUCUGGGAGCUGGUGCAGCUCUGGCAAGGCUACUGGGACCGACGAGGGGUGGCGCUCCGCCAGCAGCAUGAUCGAGACAUGCUGGCAGCGCGGCGUGCAGACUGCGGGCCGCGAACGCUUGCGGAGCUGCGGCGGAGCUACGAGGCAGAGAGCUUGGAGCAUCAGCAUCAAGGAGCUGCUUUGAUGCAGGUGCUUCUGCAGAGUGCGAGCCACGGCGAGCGUCUCAAGCUCCUCCGCGGCGCUGCUCGCCGGGAGCUGGAGCGUCUCGCAGCCGUGGCCGCUGUGGCUGGGAGCACGGGAGGCGAAGCGCACGCGUGA